CUUAAGCGCUCAGGCAUUCCAUCUUCAUCACAUUAAGCUCAUAUGAAGUUACCCUCCAUUCUGGCUAUCCUGUUCAUCUUGGGUGUUGUUAUCGGUGAUGUUCACGUAGAUGAUGCUGGGAAGAUCAUCUCCGAGAUGAUGAUGGAUAAGCAGGUCGACAAUGGCGGUCAUGUGUCCGAAUUUGUGCUCGAACAGAGCUCGCUUAACAAUCUCGGAGAUUCACCUACAUGUGUAGUGUGUUCAACCUGCCCGGCAGUUGAGUUUAUCUCGCCCAUCUGCUGGCCUUUAGCCCUCGUUUGUGGCAAAAAGUGCGAGCGUUGUUGCUGACAUUUGAUGUCUUGUUGGCAUUGCCUUCGGCUGUCCAACGAGCCAAAAGUACUCUCUCCUUUAUAUUUUCAAAAUAUUAUUUUGACAUAAUUGGUCAAUCCAACCGGUUUUCAUUUCUUUAGCUGAACCGUUAGUGGCGUCGGCUCAAGAAUGUCAUCUGAUGCAACAGCCAAUCUCCUUGCCAUGCCCAAGGAUGCUAUCUCUGGUCUCAGCAAUCUUCCAGAUUGUACGACACGAUGUUGCUGAGCAUGCAUCUGCUCACGAGAUCCUUAGACUGCCGUUCAAUCUCUCUCUAUACCGUCUUGUACCAGCUGAUAUGUUAUGUACGCGCUAUGGUGGAUUUAUAGCGUAUAGCUUUUGAUGUUCUUGUUGUCAAAGCUUCUGUAUACCUUCUGGUCCCAGCUGAUAUGUGCUGUACGCGCUAUGGUAGAUUAAUUGUGUAUAGCUUUAAAUGUUCUUGUUGUCAAAGCUUCUGUAUAUCU